GGGUUUGUGUUCCUAAGGCCUGGAACUUGUAGCUGCAGUCUCCAUAAGUCCCCACAAGUCAAGCUAAUAUUUCCUGCUUUCACACUUCCAAUAUUUAUUGUUUUCCCGCACAAGCUAACAGAGGAUUCGUAUCGGAAAGUUCCCUUCUCCACAAGGCUAACGUACAGUAACCAAACAGAGGUAUUUAUGUCUCAAAGAAAAGCACUUGCUUAUUAGCUAUGGAAAUUGAGAGAGCAACAACUGGUUUCCUGGUUUGCAAAUACUCGUCGUGGAGAUCAGUCUUCUUCUGAGCCAUAUUUAGCACCUAGUAGUAAUCUUUACAAACCCUCCUUGAGUUUCAGGGAUGAGGGCUACUUCAGAAUCAGCAGAGUGGAUAUUUUUAGCCACUGGCCUUGGCCUAGAGAUCUUGUCAGCUGCUUGUGAUCAGGCUUCCUCCCCAAGAACACCCCAGUAUGCACUAUUUGGGAUGCUGUUCGCUAUUGCAGCUGUGCUCAUUUCCAUCUGGGAGCUAAUUUACAGAGGUAAAAAGGAAAGAGUUGUGUUGAGGAGAUGGGGAAUGCUCUGGUGGUUUUAUCAUACACCACCUCCUCGACAUACGCCUUUUGGUACUCUUCCUGACAUUUAUGGACUAGCUGCUGGCAUCUCACAGUGCAUUUGCUCUAUAGUUCAGUAUGUUUACUGCCUUCGGCAUGCUAAUAGUCCUUUCAAAGCAUCCCUUUUGCCUGCCAUAUUUCUUAUGUGUUUAGGUGGUUCAAAACUAUGUAAUAACCGAAUGAACGCGAAUACCACUGAUAACAAGGACUCAUGGGAAAAUUCUCCAAGCACGGAAGAAACUUCGUGGCAGGCAAUCAAGGUAGAUCUACCAUUUCUUUAUGAUCAGGAGGUAGAGGUUGAAGGCAACAUAGAACAGCAUCGGCUGCAAGAGCAGCGGCGGCAACCGCAGGAGCAGCAGCAGCUGCUGGAGAUGUGGCUGCAGGAGCAACAUGAGCAGUAUGAGCAGUAUGAGCAACAGAAGGAGCGGCGGCGGCGAGAGCUGCAGCGGCUGCAGGAGCAACAGGAGCGGCUGCAGGAGUUGCAGCGGCGGCUGGAGCUAGAGCAGGAGCAAGAGCAGCAGAAGUUCCUGCGACAUCGGCGAGUAGUGAAGGCGGAUUGAUGGAGGUGGACAUGCCUCCAAGAAAAGCGAACUCAAACUUGUGUAUGAUUUUGUCUCUUACUAACUCACUAUAUUUCUAAAAAUAUAAUGCUAUGAAUGCUCUAAAAACUACUAUUGGAUGACAAUUGGAUGAAUGAAAUGUUGGAGGAUCUUCUCUAUU